CCAAGAAGCUCUGCUAAAACACCAGUGGGAGAAAGCGGCGGAAUAUAUGCAUAGUUAUUUUCAGAUCUUGGAAGACUCAGAUGCCGGCAAAAGGCAGGCUGCCCCUGAGUCGCAUCAUAUGCACGUGGAAGCUGGACAGUGAAUCAGGAAGACGGAAGAAUUGAUGCCUUUGAAUUGUGGUGUUGGGGAAGAAUAUUGAAUAUACCAUGUACUGCCAAAAGAGUGAACAAAUCUGUCUUGGAAGAAGUACAACCAGAAUGCUCCUUAGAAGCAAGGAUGGCAAGACUGUGUCUUAUGUACUUUGGACAUGUUAUCAGGAGGGAUCAGUCCCUGUAGAAGGACAUUGUGCUUGGCAAAGGACAUGGUCGGUGGAAAAGAGGAAGACCCUCAACAAGGUGGAUUGACACAGUGGCUGUAACAAUGAGCUCAAGCAUAACAACGAUUAUUAUAUGGAGGCUUGGAAGUGAGAUUCUCUAUUAUCAUCCCAAGAGCAAUGUGGAGACUUUCAGUACCUUUGCUGACCGGAUGAAAAACAUUGGUGUCAUGAAUUACUUAAAGAUCUCUUUACAACAUGCGUUGUACCUCCUACAUCACGGGAUGCUCGAGGAUGCAAACAGAAGUCUAAGCCAGGCAGAGACAUGGAGAUACGGUGAAAAGUCGUCUUCCCAGGAUAUAUUAAUCAACCUUGUUCAGGCCUAUAAAGGGCUUUUGCAGUAUUAUACCUGGUCUAAGAAGAAGAUGGAGUUGUCUAAGCUUGAUGAGGAAGAUUAUGCUUACGGCACAGCAACGCAGAAUAUGCGCAGCCACAGCUGGAAGACAUCUGUAAAUCUGUCUGCAUUGAUUCAGAUUCCUGGAGUUUGGGACCCUUUCGUGAAGAGUUAUGUAGAGAUGCUGGAAUUCUAUGGGGAUCAAGAUGGUGCCCGAGAGGUCCUCACCAAUUAUGCGUAUGAUGAAAAGUUCCCAUCAAACCCGAAUGCCCAUGUCUACUUAUACAACUUUCUAAAGAGAGAGAAGGCACCAAAAGAGAAACUGAUAAGUGUGCUUAAGAUUUUGUACCAGAUUGUACCAUCUCAUAAACUGAUGUUAGAAUUCCAUAGAAUACUUAGAAAUUCAGAUAAAGAAGAACACCAUAAACUGGGGCUGGAGGUAUUAUUUGCAAUCUUAGAUUUUGCUGGCUGCACUAAGAAUAUAACUGCAUGGAAAUAUUUGGCAAAAUAUCUGAAACAGACCUUAAUGGGAAAUCAUCUAGCGUGGGUUCAAGAUGAGUGGCGCUCUAGGAAAAACUGGUGGCCAAGCUUUCAUUUCAGCUACUUCUGGGCGAAAAACGACUGGACAGAAGAUAAGGCCUUGGCUUGUGAGAAAGCUUUGGUAGCUGGAAUACUGUUAGGAAAAGGUUGUAGAUAUUUUCGGUAUGUAUCAAAACAAGGUCAUCAAGGCUUAAAGAAGAAAAUGAAGCGGAUGAACAGAGCAGUGAAAAGCUACAGUAUUGUAGAUCCAGGACUCUGACAUUGAUUUUAACUUUUAUUUAUAGAGCCUUGAGCAGAGCAGCAGCUCUGUAGAUAGCUACUGAAUGUGUUUGUUUGGCAUUUUAAGAAGGGAGUUUAUACGGCUCUUAAAAAGUUAUUUUUGUAUUUUUUUACAUUCCUUUUACUCUCAGUUAUAGCUAGAGAACGAGCCUCACUGCCUUUGCUUUGUAUUUUUCUUUUUGUACUGUUAAAUGUGGCUUAUUUAUUAAAGAAUAA